AUGUCUGUCUCCAACGACAUCGACGAGGUGCUUCAAGCGGUGUUGGCGUUUCUAGAUGCUGAGAUUGGCCGCUUCACCCAGCCGAUCCUUCAAAACCCCGUUCCAGCUGCCAAGCUCGGCGACAUUCUGGACACUUUGGAAGCGAUACUCUCCAAUUCUAAUGUCCCUAGUGAAUUUGACCAAACCACCGACGCUGAUGAGGCCACACUAGACAAAAUUACACAAUUCAACACUGCUCUUGCUCUGCAAUGGCGGAGUUUUGUUAUUAGAACUGGACUUGUCAAAGUAGCAGACACGCUAUUGGGAAGAAUCAGAAGCAACGACCACGACGAAAAAUCACAAACAUUCAAGGAUUUUGCAGUGUCGACUGCCCAUUGGGAUGCAUUGAAUGAAUUGCUGCUUCUUUUGGAUCUUCUCGUUGCGUUGGCAGGUAAAGAGACAGUCUUUCCUUCGGCCCGUAGUGACUUUUACCACGUUCUCACCAUAGUCGUCGAGUCAUUGACGGCUCUUUCUAGUGACAUCUUGGAGGUGUUUUGGUAUGCGCUUGAAAGUCGCCAAACAGCGAUCUCAGACUCUGUUUUCAACCCAAAGACGACCCUGGACAGAAUAGCCAUGUUGGGAAUCUGCAAUGGAAUCACAGACAAAUAUUAUCGCCGUGGGAAAACGGGAAAGUACGAUUCAUAUCAGAAGGACACUUUCAACGACAAGCUUCAUGCUCGAGUGCGGACUUUCCUCUCGGGACUUCUUCUGUUCGAUGACCUGACAGGCUUAAACAAGUACUUUUCCAUUGCCAAUAGAGUGAAUAGGGAGCCACAUUUGGGAAUGGCGAAAACUGGCGAUGACGAACUUCUCCAGGAUAUCUUGCAAUUUUACCGUCUUUUGCGGGAUCCUUAUGCAUAUUUAAAGAAUCCACGAAUGCUUUCCAAACAGGUGGACUCGCUCGAUAGGUUGUACGGGUAUUUGCUUGAUGAAGAAGCCAAAUAUGCGAAGAAACACCCUUCGAGAGAUAUUUAUAAAGUGAAGGAAGAUCUUCUGGAGUCGAAAAAAGCAUCCUUAUCUAAUAAGCACAAGAAUGCUGUGUUUUUUUCUGAGAACUACUGGCUCUCGCCAUUCGAAGAAAUACAACGCGGCCAGCAGUUUGAUUCGGUGAAAGCUGAAGACCAGCGUGUGGCCUUGAAGCGCUUCGACUCCUCCAAAUUUCGCCAGUUAUUGCUACUCCAGAUGUACAUGGUGAGUUCAUUUUUCCUAGAGUUGCAAAGCUCGAGAAAAAGAAGUACUCUAGUGAAAGCAGGAGCUCCAGCUUCCACCAAACACGUUGCGGAAGAUUCUACCCCUGAACUGCUUGUCAAGACUUUUGUAAAAAUAAAGAGAGAGAUUCCCAGUCUGAUUCGUGCGUGGGAUACGCAAUUAUCGUUCUUACUCCAGCAUAUUUCCCAAAGUGAGGAGUUCUGGUGGUCAUGGUUGAUUUGGGGUAAAAACAAGGACGGGAAGCCACUCUUAAACGAGACAUCGAUAUCCGAAGAGGAAGCUAACGCCGCAAAGCAAAAAUUCGAUGCCUUUGCGCCCUACAAGACUAAAAGGUACUUCAACACACAUGCUACUCCACAGCUUUCUCGGAAAAUGCGCACCAAGACAGGUUUAUCGCUUCGCGAGGAUUCGGACACAGACGUGCAAGACUACGAUCACCGGAUUGAAGAGCUUAGUGAAAGACUAACCAGUGAACAAGACACGCAAGUCAAGCUGGAAUUGGAGGAGGAGCGGUCUGUCUUGCUUUGGAAGAAGGCCAAGACGAGGAGGUCUGCGGAGUGGCUUCUGGUGAGCGAGGUAGUCGACCCUGAUAUUCUCGGAGUGGAGGAGGAAGAGCUACCUGAAGAAAAUGAGGUGAAAGAUGAGAAACCCAGUGAAGUUCGAGACGAGGAGGUGAAUGCUGCUAAUGAUGAAGAGGCUAAAGAGUUGAAGGGUUUAGAGAGUGAAGAUAAAGCUGGUGAAGACAAAGCAGAUCCAUCUCAAACUCUUGAAAAGGUAAAAGAGCCUGAAUCAAAAGAAAAUUCUGAACCAAAAAGGGAGAAUAUCGGAAAUGGAGAAGAAAAAGAUGAAGAAAUGGAAGAUGCUGAGGUCCAACCUGAAAUUGCCAGCACUACAACACAUUUGGCUGCGAAAGAAGACCAGGCGCAAAACGGAGAAACCUCACAAUCCAGAAAACGUGCGAGAUCACCCGAGGAAGACGAUAGUACCAAACGGGCGAAAACAGACUAA